AUGGCUGAUUUAUUAGAACAAAUGGUCAACCAACAGGGUCAAGGCCAAGUACAGCAUCCUGGAAAUCAUGAGGGAGAGGACCGUGCCUUAGAACGAUUUCAGAAUUUUCUACCGCCAAAAUUCUUGGGUGGACCUAACCCUGAUAUAGCGGAGAGUUGGUUGGAGCGAAUGUUAGACAUUUUUGCUGCGUUAGAAUACUCAGAGAAACGGCAGAUAGCUUUUGCCGUUUUUCAAUUUGAGGGAGCGGCUCGUGCCUGGUGGAAUGAAAGGCGAGAGGAUGAGUUCAUACGCCUACGUCAAGGGAUUAUGAGUGUGGCGGAGUACGAGACACAGUUUACCAAACUUUCUCGUUUUGCUCCAGAAUUAGUACUGACAGACCAAAGGAAAAUUCGUCGAUUUGUUCAGGGUUUGAAUUUGGAGAUUCAGGAAGCACUGGCAGCUGCUCAAUUGAAGACUUACAGUCAAGCGAUUGAAAAGGCACAAAGAAUUGAAAGUACCAAGAGUCAAGUUUCAUGA